CAUCAUUUUUCAAAGAACCUAAAACGUAGUUUCAGAUCUCUCUCUCUCUCAGUGGCGAUGAUGGAGGAGCAGACGGAGAUCGAGACGGCGGCAGAGUCAAUAGACGGCUCCGUUAUCUUCCACGUCAUCAACGACGUCGUUGGCUUUGUUCUUUACAUGCACCAACAAAUCCCCUCCAUAUUGCAGGAUAUCAGUCUUGAAUUUGAUACACUGAAUACUGAGUUUACAGAAUUGGAGACGGAUCUUACACAAUCUGAUAUAAAGGCGCGGAGAAAGCUAAUUGGCAGAAUGAGGGAGGUCAAGCAUGGAAUAAAAAGACUGGAGAAACUGAUGAACAUGGUUUCAAAUCUUCAAAAUGCGCUUAAAUUGAUGAUGAGUGAGAUUCCUAACGUACAGGGUGUCAUUUUGGUUCUUGGGGCUACUCCUAUUCGACCUCAGCAUGUUUAUGAGUUGUGCUUUUCACAUGGAAAGGUUGUUGGUAGUGGUGAGAUUGAUUUCACCAAAAGCAAAGUGGCACAAGGACUUUCUAGAAAGGCUAUUCGGACGCUGAUCUCAAAGGGUGCUGGAUCUGGUUCCUAUCCAGGCCCCAAUAAGUUGUUUCUAUUGGUUAAGGCUCCCUGUUCUUUCAACCUGCCUCUGCAUUUUCUUCCCAAACGUGAUUUUAAAUACAGCAAAAAGAUUGUGCCUUUCAGACUACGGUUCAAGUGCAGAACCCAAGAUCAGGAAAUGGAUGCUUUGGAUCAUGCUUCUCAAACUGGGAGCUCCACCAGUUUGUCAGAUUCUACUUCCGAUGAUUUAAUCUGGUUUCAAUGUCGGCAUGUGAUCAAGGGCCUGGUAUCCAACACAUCAACAGAAGAAUGAAGAAAUUAGCCAUAUGUCCAUUGUAUAUAGGAGUUUUUCCCUCAUUUAUUUGAUUGUCAUUAAGACAUUAACAGGCAUUUUGUUACAAUUUAAAACCAAAACUGCAGGUACACUUCAGUUAUCUGUGUGUAGAAGUAACUGGCCAUAGUUAUGUCACUUUUUACUAGCAGAAUGGGAGGGGGAGAUGGGAGAGGCUUUCACAAUGCAUACAUUGUUUCCUAGUCAAUAGUCUAAACAAAGGCCUAAAAAGUGACGAGUUAGGGUUCUACUACUCCCACAAUGUCGGGAUACUCUACAUAAAGGGUAUUGGACGACAGCUACCCUUUGAGAGGGUAACCAGACUGGUGCCGCACUGCAAUAUGAAUAAUUGGGAAACAUGUACAAUGGUUAGGGAUGUGUCUUUCUAUUUUUUUUUAAAGGGUCAUGUUAAUUGAUG